CUGCAAAGGAGCGCUGAGUUAUCAGAGGAGCGCGCUCCUGCAGCGUGCGCGCGGAUGUGCCUUUAGCUGCCGGCGUGGAGGUUUGGCGUUGCGCGUGGGUUAGAUGCCUGCUUUUCCACGCGCUCCUGGUCUCUGCGAGCUUUCAUCCUACGGAUAAUCAUAGCGCGAUUGUCUCGCUUUGCUCGGACCUCUCCGCCUCCACUGAGCUGUUCUAGGGAUUAUUUGGGAAUGAUUUGGGAAUUACGAAUAAAGUUCUUUUUUCCCGGAACCUUCUGAUCGUUGGUAUAAAACUUGGCAUCCGGUCUGUUGUUUGACAUAAAGCUUUUCCAUAAACAUUUGUUUUUUGAGCCGUAAAGCGGAACGUGCGGACUCUCACCAUGUCCGCGAGUAGAAGCAUCGAGUGGGAGCAUUUCGAGGAGCGCGAGAGGACGCACCGCUCGUCGCGGGGCAGUGCGGGCUCUCAGUCGGGGUCUCGCGGCAACGGCGUCGUUCCCAGUCCGGCUCACAGCGCGCACUGUAGCUUCUACCGCACGCGCACGCUGCAGUCGCUGACCUCGGAGAGGAAGGCGAAGAAAGUUCGUUUCUACCGGAAUGGGGACAAAUAUUUCAAGGGCUUGGUGUACGCGGUCUCGCGCGACCGCUUCAGGGCUUUGGACGCGCUGCUUAGGGAACUCACGCGCUCGCUGUCAGACAACGUCAGUCUCCCGCAGGGCGUGCGCUACAUCUACACGGUGGACGGUGCGAGGAAGAUUACCAGUCUGGAUGACCUACUGGACGGAGAGAGCUACGUGUGCGCCUCCAACGAACCCUUCCGUAAGGUGGACUACAUGAAGAACGUGAACCCCAACUGGUCGGUGAAUGUAAAGGCGGGCACGUCGCGCUCGCUGUCCUCGCUGCCCACGCUUAAGAGCGAGCUUCGGGAGAGAGAAAGCAAAGACUUCAUCAAGCCCAAGCUGGUGACCGUCAUCCGCAGCGGCGUGAAACCCCGCAAGGCUGUCCGCGUCCUGCUCAACAAGAAGACGGCGCACUCGUUCGAGCAGGUGCUGACGGACAUCACUGAUGCCAUCAAGCUGGACACGGGUGCAGUCAAGAGGCUGUACACUCUGGAAGGCAAGCAGGUCACAUGUCUGCAGGAUUUCUUCGGCGAUGAUGAUGUGUUCAUCGCAUGCGGCCCAGAGAAGUACCGCUACGCUCAGGACGAUUUCGGGUUGGACCACAGUGAGUGCCGCGUGUUUAAGUCUGCUGCGUAUGUGCCUCGCUCCACCACCCCAGUCAGAGCUACUGGCUGUAAGAGUCCAGGUGUUGCACGCCGCACCAAAUCCCCCGCUUCAGUGAGGAGAUCUACUGGACACGCCUCCACCAGCAGUCAGUCUCCAGUUAAAUCCCCAGUAAAUGGAAUUCCCAGUACUAGUCAGAUAUCCACUCCCAGGUCCACCAAGUCCUCGAGCUCGUCCCCCACCAGUCCUCGCAGCACACGCAACUUCAAGUUUAGCUGCAACAAGCGGACAUGUGGCCCCUUCCAGCUCUGUGCGCAGAUCCCACAUAAUUCUUCUGCUUCAAAUGUGAACGGCUCUUCUGAGCAGCCUCAGCAACACACCUGUAUGACCAGCCCUGAAGUUGAUAGCAAUAGAAACCUGAUGUCUUCCAGUAUUUUGGAAAAAUACAAAGUGGGAAAAGUGAUCGGUGAUGGGAACUUUGCAGUGGUGAAGGAAUGUACUGAACGGUCAACUGGGAAGGAGUUUGCCUUAAAGAUCAUUGACAAGAAUAAAUGCCGUGGCAAAGAGCACCUGAUUGAGAAUGAGGUGGCAGUGCUGAGGCGGGUCAAACACCCCAACAUUAUUAUGCUGGUAGAAGAAGCAGACACCUCCUCUGAGCUCUAUCUGGUCAUGGAGUUGGUCAAGGGCGGAGACCUGUUUGAUGCCAUCACUUCCUCUAUGAAGUACACAGAGAAAGAUGCCAGUUCUAUGGUGCACAACCUGGCAGCCGCACUGAAAUACCUGCAUGGGAUGAGCAUAGUACACAGGGAUAUCAAACCUGAAAAUCUACUGGUAUGCGAGUCCCCUGAUGGAACUAAAGCUCUGAAACUGGGUGACUUCGGCUUGGCUACUGUGGUGGACGGGCCACUGCACACUGUGUGUGGAACUCCUACUUACGUCGCUCCGGAGAUCAUAGCAGAGUUGGGUUAUGGCCUGAAGGUGGAUAUCUGGGCGGCGGGUGUGAUCACCUACAUCCUGCUGUGUGGCUUCCCACCUUUCCGCAGUGAGGUGGGGGUCCAGGAAGACCUGUUUGACCAGAUCCUACAGGGAAAUCUGGAGUUCCCGUCUCCAUACUGGGACAACAUCACAGACUCCGCUAAAGAGCUGAUUGGUCAAAUGCUCCAGGUGAACGUUGACGCUCGAUACACAGCAGCAGAUGUACUGAUCCAUCCCUGGGUUACGGAGGACGCCGCUUUAGAAAAUAACAUGAAAAUGGAAGUGACAGGAAAACUGAAGAAGCACUUUACAUCUGUACAGAAACAGAGCAGAACCACCCCUGGAGUGUCAGUUAUUAUGAACACAGCUCUAGAUAAGGAAAAGCUCCAUCUGUCUCACCGCAGCCAGGAGAACAGCUCUGCCCAAGCCCCGCCCCCAGAGGAGGCAGGAAGAAUACCACGUUGUUCAGGAAGCAGGAGCAGGCACUCGUCAGCCUUGUCAGAGGACUCCCAAACCCACAGAGCUGCUCCACCCACAUCCUCCGCCCUGCCCCAACCCGCAUCACCUUCGUCCCCUUCUCCACCCCUCUUGCAUCCCUGCAGCGACACAGCCAGUAACGUACAGGGCUUUCAGCGGGAGGAGUAGCGUUGCGCCAGCCCGAGUGACAGGGAGAUGCUAAACGCCUACCAUGUUGUACCCAUGUGACUCUGGCUCCUUGCUUCGUCCGGAGCUGCUGCUUCCAGGCAAAUAAGCGUUCUUCACUCAAGUCUUGGACUGCCACCUACACCAAUAACUCUGAUUAAAGGCUUCAGCAUGAGCUGAACUGAUGAGUAUUAAGUGAGCUGGAGAAGGCAGAAACAUGCACAGUGCUGUGGCUGUCCACGACUGAGAGUGAAGAAACGUCUUGCGAACCUCAUCCUCUAAUUCCCAUUCUUUAAGUUCAAAGCCUCCGUGUUCUGGCUUCCCCGCUGUAACCGUAGUCUCCUGCACUGCGCACCCACUGCCUGCAUGUUUCCACACCCAGGGGCACAACAACCAGGAGAUUUGUAUGUCUGCUCGGUUGUGUAGAUGUCUGUGUCUGUGUGUGUGUUGAAGGACGACACUUUGUUGUGGAUUUUUAUUUGUAUUAUUUAUUCCAGCUUGAAUGGCACAAGAGUGACUGUAUUAAUUAUUGCUAUGAACAGGCUGUGUCUGUGUGUCUGUGUGUGUCUGUGUCUGUGUGUGUGUAUGUGUGUGCGCUUGUAGAGAUCUGCUGCUGGAUUUGAGAUGGAAUACUAAGAAACAUAAAAAUGUUUUUUGAAAUUAUAAGCAAACUUGUCCUGUUGAAACUUGAACAUGAGGUCUUUUUGUGUAGUUUUGAUGACAGUUAAAGUGGCUCUUCAUAUGAACCAUGAGACGUUUGCCUUUGAACAUCAUGAAGGAGUGAAUGGGAGAUUAUUAAUAGGACGGGAUUAUUAAUGGAAUUAUUGUGCCUCACACUGUACUUUGUUGUAAUUUUGCAAUAGAUUAGAUGUGAUUCCUUCAUGUAAUCCAGCAUGGCCAGGACAUAUGCAAGUGUAGGGCUUGUGUUUCUGGCUAACAUGUCCACAUGCAUAAAGAGGUGGAGUUUUUCAGAUUAGGUCCAUCUGUAAUUGUGAGUUGAAUUUAUCAGUUUCUGUUAGUAGGUUCUACAGUAAAUUGCUUUUCUGGAUAAACAAAAGAAACAUU